AUGUCAGAGCGCUCUGCUGUGUAUAUUGGCACAGCAUUCGUUGCUGGUGUAUGUCUGACUAUCGUAUGCAAAGACAUACUUGACUCGCGUCGCCGCGAAAAAUCAGCAUCCCCCGAAGCACAAUCAGACGCUCCUGUUGCUCGAUCAGGCCCUCCUGCUAUCGUAGAGGGAAUUCAAGGGUGUAUUGGAAACACACCUCUUUUUCGAAUAAAAUCUCUAUCUGACGCAACGGGAUGCGAGAUCCUUGCCAAGGCAGAAUUCUUGAAUGGCGCCGGUCAAAGCUCAAAGGAUCGGGUUGCUUUAAGUAUGAUUGAAUUGGCAGAAGAACAGGGUAUCUUGACACCCUAUUCAGGCGACACUAUCUAUGAAGGUACAUCAGGUUCAACUGGUAUCUCACUGGCGUCUCUAGCCCGAGCAAAGGGGUACCUUGCACACAUCUGCAUGCCCUCAGACCAAGCAAUUGAAAAAUCAGAUCUUCUGUUGAAGCUAGGUGCAAUCGUCGAUCGCGUGCCGCCAGCACCAAUUGUUGAGAAAGAGAACUUUGUCAACCGUGCCAGAGCACUAGCAACCGCUCAUACGGCCUCAACUACAGUGACCAUCCCUGAUACAGAGGGUGACCUGGUCGAGCCAUCAGAUCGCAUGGCCCGUGGCCGCGGGUUCUUCGCGGAUCAGUUUGAGAACGAAGCAAACUGGCGCGCUCACUUUGGCGGCAGUGGACCGGAAAUUUAUAUCCAGUGCAAUGGCAAGAUUGAUGCCUUUGUAGCAGGUGCUGGCACAGGCGGGACCAUUUCUGGUGUGGCGCGGUAUCUGAAACCCCUGCUACCGAAUAUCACAGUUGUACUCGCGGAUCCGCAGGGAAGCGGACUGUAUAACCGGGUGCGGUAUGGAGUGAUGUUUGACGUGAAGGAGCGAGAAGGGACCCGUCGUCGACGUCAGGUCGAUACCAUUGUUGAGGGAAUUGGGAUUAACCGCGUCACUGCUAAUUUCGAGGCUGGCAAGGAGCUUGUUGAUGAUGCGGUUCGUGUUACUGAUGCUCAGGCAUUGGCAAUGGCCAAGUGGCUUGUUGAGAAAGAUGGGAUCUUCGUUGGGAGCAGCAGCGCUGUCAACUGCUUUGCAGCUGUGAAGACGGCUCAGAAGCUGGGUCCUGGUCAUCGAAUUGUGACUAUGCUGUCGGACUCGGGUUCACGGCAUCUGUCUCGAUUCUGGAAGAAGGCCGGCAAUGUUGGCGGAGCUGUUGAUACUAAGCUUACCGAUGUCUUGAAUGCACGGGAUGAGCAUUUUCAAUAG